AUGGUUGUGACUGAUAACUUCCUGUUCCCGUCUUCUGCAAUGAUGAAGGUCAGAGUGACCAACAUGAAUGGUGUUGAUUCGAUUGUUGAAGUUGGUAAAGACUGGACAUGUGACAAGGUAAAACUUGCUCUAGAACAUCUACUAGAUUUGCCUCCAUCUCUGACUGGCCUGUCAUCAGACGCACUGAAGAAUUCAUUGAUGUUUCGGUUAGUCCUUGUGCGUACUGGGAAACCCCUGUCAGACGACAGCACUUUGGCACAACAGGGAGUCAGAGAAAAUGAUGAGUUACUCUUGCUGAAGAAACGCAUGCAGGUGCCUGUGAUGGAGACAGACCGACAGCGAGAUGAAAGAAAGGUGCCCGAUGCUGCCAGCAUCCGCAGGGCCACAGCCCACCUGUCCAGGAAACACCAUGAUUCACCAGAAGAAGAACCUAGCUCUAACACUGAUUUUCAGAGCGAGCUGCGAAGGAUUCUUAUCUCCCUCAUUGAAGCAUCUCAACGUAUUUUAUGUUUGAACCCUGAAGCUGCAAAGAUCCUUAAGCAAGCAGAGGACUUGCUUAAUGAAGCCCAAGCUAAGAAGGUGGACCUAUCAGAGGCCAGCGUGAAACAGUUGACAGAUAUGGGCUUUCCAGAGAACAGAGCCAGGAAAUCUCUUCUAUUGAACCAACAUUCUGUGGUAACAGCAAUGGAAUGGCUGCUGACUAAUGAGUCUGACCCCGACAUUGACACACCUCUGCCAGGUCAGGACCCUGAGGCCAGUGAUGGUGCAACUGAAGCUUCAGCGGAGAAUGCUCCCACAGCUCAUCCAGAGGAGGGGGCAGCCAGUGAACCUGUGGAGGGUGCCACAGGGGGCAUUGAGGCACCCCGCUUUAAAAAUAUUUUAGAAACCAUCCGUGCCUUCCAGCAUAAAGAAUUCAGACCUGAUCCUCAUGCUCUACAAAAUCUGAUAGAAAUGGGCUUUAUAGAGAAGGAGGCUGUACAUGCCCUGCGGAUGUCUAGAAACAACCAGUCUGCUGCUUGUGACUGGCUGCUCAGUGACCGCAAAGAGACACCAGAAACCGUUGACCAGGGUUUGGAUCCAAACAGUCCUGUCUACAAGGCAAUUCUAGCACACCCAAAUGUUCAGCUGGGGUUAAACAAUCCACGUUGUCUCCUGGCCUUCCUACAGAUGCUGGAGAACCCGUUGACUGCCAGCCAGUGGCUGAGUGACCCUGAGACUGGCCCUCUACUCAUGCAGAUAUCUCGUAUUUAUCACUCUGAAAAACUGACACCCUCUAGCUCUGAUACAGAAUCCUCCGACACAGGCAGUUGA